GCGAAACAUUAACCCUCCGCAUCAUCUCCUUAGUGGGGAUGGGAGGCAUUGGAAAAACAACUUUGGCAAAAUUAGUUUACAAUGAUGAUGAUGUAAAAAACCAUUUCGACACGAGAAUAUGGGUGUGUGUCUCAAAUCUCUUUGAUGAGAUUAGAGUUGCCAAGGCGAUACUUGAAUCUCUUACGCAUGCCAAUCCGAAUCUAGUUGAACUGCAAAGCAUACUGGAGCAGAUACAACAAUCCAUUAGUGGGAAAAAGUUUUUACUUGUUUUAGAUGAUGUGUGGACCGAAGAUCGUAGUAAGUGGGAGCAAUUGAAAUGUUCUCUUCUAUCUGGGUCGACAGGAAGCAGGAUUCUGACAACCACACGCAAGGAGAAUGUUGCAAAGAUAGUAGGGUGCAUUGAAUCUGACAUAUUCCCAAUAGGACAUUUGUCUGUAGAGGAAUGUUGGUCAUUGUUUAGCCAGAUUGUCUUUGCUGAAUGUACUAGCAAAAACAGUGAACAAAUAGAAGGAAUCUGUAGGGAGAUUGUUGCAAAAUGCAAAGGCUUGCCUCUUGCUAUAAGGAUGCUAGGAUAUCUAUGCUCUGGAAAAUCCAGAACAGAGUUGCAGAGUAUCUUAGAAAGUGAGGUAUGGGAACUAGAAGAGGCUGAAGUUGAUCUGUUCCCCCAUCUAUUGUUGAGCUAUUAUGAUUUGCCUUCUGCAUUAAAACGAUGUUUUUCAUACUGUGCGAUCUUUCCAAAAGACUACAGCAUAAGUAAACAUAAACUGAUCGAGUCAUGGAUGGCUCUCGGGUAUCUCAGGGCAACAUCAAGGGAAGACAUGGAGAAAGUAGGAGAAAAGUACUUCCAGAAAUUAGCAAUGUGCUCCCUCUUCCAGGAUUACAUAGAGGAUAGAGAUGAUGGGAGCAUAACAUUUUGUCAUAUGCAUGAUAUAGUCCAUGAUUUCGCCCUUUACAUUUCAAAGAAGGAAUGUUUUGUCAUGGAGGAUAUUGGUUCUGAAGGGACAAAGAUGAAAUCCUUACCCAAAGAAGCAUGUUAUUCGAGACUUAUGGUUGCAGAUGAUGCUCCACUGCUGAAUAUUUUGAGUGGUUUGAAGAGACUGCACAGUCUCACUGUUCAGGGUAGACCCAGCACAACCAUUUCUGUGGUGCAGCUAACUUAUAUGUUGGAAAAACUAAAUCUUUUGAGAUUUUUAGACCUGAGCAAUUGUAAUAUUACAGAAAUCCCAUCUGCCAUAUGUAAAUUAGUACACUUGAAGAAACUAGAUUUGUCUUUUAACGGCUUGAAAAAUAUGCUUGAAACAGUAUGCGAGUUAGUUAACUUGCAAACCUUAAAUAUCUCUUGUGGUGGUGAUGGUUUUGCUAAGCUACCAAAUGGUAUAGGAAAACUACUCCACUUAAGACAUCUGCACAAUAGCCCAAAUGUAGUACUUCCUAAAGGAGUUGGAAGCUUAACUUGCCUUCGAACAUUAGAUGAUGUUUGCCUUGGCUAUGGUGGCCAAGAUUUUUCUCUUGCGGAUCUUGAAAACUUGAACCAUCUUCAAGGAAAGCUUAGUAUCAAGGGGUUGAAUGGUGAUGUAGAUGUAGUUGCUGCUAAGCAAGCAAAAUUGAAGACAAAGGCUCGAAUCAUUUAUGCCGUACUAGGUUUUGAAGGAGAAAAAACAGAAUUAAGGAAUCAUCAUGACAAAGGAAUAAUAGAAGAAUUGGAGCCAUCUCCAAAUUUAGAACAUUUAUUUUUAUAGGGCUACCAAGGCUUGGAGUUUCCAAGUUGGAUGAUGUCAUUAUGUAAUCUGAAGAAGCUUGAUCUGUAUUCUUGUUAUAACUGUGAGCAUUUGCCUUCACUAGGAAAGCUUCCAUCCCUUGAAUCCCUCUACUUGUCCGGGUUACUUGCUGUGAAAACGGUUGGUUUGGAAUUUUUGGGAAUGGAACCACACAUUGACAAUGAGUCAGCUGCAUCAACAUGCUCGAAUGUUGCAUUUCCCAAGCUAGCUCUACUAAGCUUCUGGGAAAUGACGGGUUGAGAAGAAUGGGACGAUGGAAUUAAUGGAGACACCGAUGAAGAUUCUUCCAGUAGUAUCGUAAUGCCAUCUCUUCGGUAUUUAUCUUUCGUUGAGUGCCAUAGCUUGCAGUCAAUGCCAACCCACAUUCUCGGAAGGGUCAGGCGAAGGGAAUUUCAACUGAGAAUCAAGCGUUGUACAUUUCUAAAAUUACGUUACCAACAUGAUUUUUCUGACCUACCUAAUGUCAGUCUAUGGUGAAUGCAUGCAUAUGAUGCCGAGGCUGAUCAAGCCAUAGGUAAUCUCUCUCUAAUUCUGUUUUAUAUUGGAGAAAAAAAAUACAAGAAUUCACUUGUGAUCUUUUGCUUUGUUUCACAUCUUUUUGUUAACUUGCAAACUUUCUGGAAUAAUUUAUGGUAACUUCAUGUAAUAUUAGUUAUGGAAGUGAUAAUGAAAAUUUGUCAUGCUCGUAAUUUGAAGAUUUCACAUUCCUGAGCAGGCCUCUCAACUUGCUUGGUAAUUCUUCCAACUUGAAACAUUACACACUACACAGUAAUAAAACUAGCUAGAAUAGAAAAUUUCCAUCUGAACUGUAUAAACUGAUCAUGGUAUAGGUUGAGAAUUCUAGGCACACAAAAAUUCAGAGGAUUUAGCAGAUAAAUAAUAAUGCAUUAAAGCAAUAAAACUUGUCCUUGUCCUUCUCUGAAGGUUCAUAACAUAGUUUUUGGUAGUAUAUAAGAUCCAGUUUGAGCAGUUCAGUCACAAUAAAAACAUGGAUUAGCUUCAUUCAUAGCACUAGCUAGUUUAGGCAUAGCUUUAUGCAGUACAAACUUAUGAAACUGCAACCAAAUUAGCCUUUGUACUUUCUGACCAGGCCUCACAACUUGCUUUUCCCUUCUGUUAGAUUUCAAGGAGAGAAUGAUUUAGUUAAAGAAAAACUGUGAUUUUAAUUAAAAUAGGAGAAAAACUGUUACUUAAACUUUUUUUUUAAUUUCGUAGAGUGAUAGUAAUUUACUUACUCUAUUUUAUUUUACUCGGAAAGUAGUAUUUACUCUUUGUGUCGCCAAAUCAGACUACAGUCUCCUCCUCCGUCGUCAUGCUACUGGUUUUGCCGGCCAGAUAUGCGAGGAGCUAUUAUCUUGCUGGACACCAAAAUACAUAAUGACAGGCGCGGACAAAAUGACUAAUCGAUAAAUAA